UUCGGCCUCUGCUCGAAUUCAACAUCAUCACAAGUUUGAGCCGGAGAGGAUUGUUGGGUGUGAUUGUCGGACGCUUUGCACGGUCACCACAACGGUCACGCUGUCGGCACGGCGAGAUAGGGAAACGGACGCGCACGUUGUGAGACUCAACAUGGUACAACUGAGUUCAUCCCCUGAGCCGGAUAUGUCACCAUCUCCCACUCGGCACUCUGGGAGGACUGUGGAGAAGAUGGGAAGCCCCAAGUCUGACUCCUCUCCACGCUCCUUUACCUCCCUGCAACUGGCACUGUCUGCCUCCACCACCACCUACCCCGGCUACGAGACUUACAUUGAGGACGGCCUUAUCUGUCUCAAGCACAAGAUCCGCAACAUUGAGAAAAAGAAGAUUAAACUGGAGGAGUACAUGAAACGUCUAAAGAAUGGUGACAAACUCAAUCAAGACCAGCUGGAUGCGGUACAGAAGUAUGAGGAAGUGGUCCACAACCUUUCAUUCGCUAAAGAACUACACAAUACUCUUAGUUCAUUGACUCAGGAUCUGCUGAAGGCUCAGAGGAAGGCGCUGAAGCGUGAGCAAGUGGCGCAGAUGGAGGCGGAGCGCAAACGCCUGUGCACGGUGCUGCAGAUGCAGUACGUCCUGCAGAACCUCCAGCACGAGCAUGUGCGGAAGGACCUACUGAGCAGCCCCUGCAGACCCACACUCGUCUCCGCACAAGACCUCGAGGGCCUGCGGGACCUCGGCGCUCUGCUGAAUCGCAAGAGGGAUGAACGUGCAAGUUUGGAUGAUCAAGUGAAGAAGGCAGCAGUGGUAUAUUGGGAGCUGUUGGAGGGAAAGGAGAAACCAGUUGCAGGUUCCACGUAUAAGCACAUGAAGGACUGGCUGUCAAAGUUAAUGGAUUGUGGUUAUUUUGACCAAGUUGUGGUGCCUCACGAUCAGAACGAAUCUGAGGUCCAUGAGAAACCAGGAGGUCUUGCUGCCCUCAUGAAAUUCAGAACAAAUGAAGUGCCUACGACAGUGUUUCUUAAUAGAUACUAUGUACCAGAUGAGGGCCUUGGUGACUCAUUGAGCCUGGAGAAAAGCUCUCCUUCCCCAAACUGGAAGGAGGAGUUCCUUGCUCUGAAGGAACAGGAGCCUCCCGAUUCGUGGGACACAGAGGUCAACAGCGGGCCACCCUCAUCUAAGGCAGGGCUCCAGAAGCCAAGCAAGGGAGCUGCAGGCUUCAUCCUCAAAGAUAGGAACUCUGAAGGAAAACCCAAUAAAGAACCUAAACCGAAAUCUCAGAGGAAACCUAAAGCUGGGCAGGAUAUGAAAACGGCUCCUCGAUCGGAGGUCGCAGUGGAGGUGUUCAACUCUCCAUCUCCUCUGCCCAGAGACCCCAUCUUGCGAAGACAGCAGCUGGAUGACCUGAUGGGUCAAAUUGCAGGAUCCUUCAGCUUUAUGCAGGAUUCUUUGCUAGAUGGUGAAGCGUCUCCAAAACCUGCACGCUCCAGGGUUUGUUCUACCUCUCUUGACCCCUCCUCUCCCUUGGCGCGGAGGGACUCCAAAGAAAGUCCAGCAGCUGAAGAUUCCUCACAAGCCAUGCAUUCUACCCCACUGCCUUCGAAACAUCUUUCCAAAGACUGUAACAUCAGUCUGACCAAUGGGAAUAAGGAGCUGGACAACUGGGACAUGGAUACAGCACCAGUGGAGGUUGUUCAGGAGAAGACGCCAUUACCCAGUCGAGAUGGUUUCCAGUCUCCUCCACUCUUUCGCCGCAAGUCUAGUAUCCCGGUGACCCCAGAGGAGAAACUGCCUACUGAGAUCCAAGUGUCAAAGCCAGACAGGCAGUCUCCUGGUUCUGUGCUGACUCCUCCCGGCAGUGGCCCACAUCAGGCCUACUCCACGCCACACAACCGCCGACCUCACGCCACCUCAUCACCUACCUCCUACCAGACCAUUCACCCUGUGUUUAAAGUCGGUGUGCCUACUCCACUGAGCAGUGGGUCUUACAUCAAACCUGAAAGCCCACCUUUCUCUGGGUCCAACCGUGCAACGUUUGCCACUGCCAGCACCCAGACCCCACCUGAGCUCAGCUUGCCAGAGGAUCACCUGCAGCCAGAGGACAUCCUCCAGGCGGACUGCGUGAUGGUCAGUGGCGGACAGGUUUAUCCAAUGGGGCGGCCAGGCCCCGGACAGCCAUAUCACCCCCGGGGGGGCUUCAGAGGUAUGGGACGCGCCAACAGGGGGCCGGCACACCACAUCCGCUCCCCCAGUGGCCACAGAGGAGGAUUCGAUGGUUAUAGAACCAGCCCCAGAUCAGGAGGUUUUGUUCCCCAGGCUCACUCCAUGAGAGACUUGGCAUCAGCUCCCAUGGGUGCAAGGGAGACCGGAUACCAGUCUAAUUACAAGCAUGGCGGCCCGGGGAGCCAGAGACCAAACUCUACUGGUGGAUGGAGUGACUCGUCCCAGGUGAGCAGUCCUGAUCGUGAAGGGAUGUUCGUGGUGGACCUGGUGGACUCUGGUCAUGGGGACUCCAUGUCUGUCGAUACUCCCAUCACCCCUCAGGGUGCACACACCCUCAUGCCUGUGCACCUCUACCCCAUCUCCCAGCAGAUCAGGGUGGCCUUCUCUGCAGCACGCACCUUCAACUUCGCCCCCGGCACGCUCGACCAACCCAUUGCCUUCGACCUGCUGCACAGCAACGUGGGUGAGAUGUUUGACAUGCCAUCUGGACGCUUCACCUGCCCAGUGUCUGGCACCUACGUCUUCAUCUUCCACAUCCUCAAGCUAGCAGUCAACGUGCCACUAUACAUCAACCUGAUGCGCAAUGAAGAGGUGGUGGUGUCGGGCUAUGCCAACGACGGAGCACCAGACCAUGAGACUGCCAGCAAUCACGUGGUCCAGCAGCUGUACCAUGGCGACCAAGUGUGGCUGCGGCUGCACCGUGGCGCCAUCUAUGGCAGCAGCUGGAAGUACAGCACCUUUUCAGGCUUCUUGCUGUAUCAGGACUGAGCCAAAUGCAUGCAGUGUGUUAGUCUUUGCUUCUGGGUUCAGCCAAAAAAAUAACCCAAAGCACAAAUGUGUGUUGGCAGAGGAGGGAGUGAAGCUGCAUGUAUGGAGUUUGUGGGACACAGGUUUGAAUUUCAGUUUGAGCUAUUGGACAGAACCUGUGCAGGUGUCCCCUCACUGCCCACCUCUUGGUUAUUUAAGAACAAUCAACCAGUUUAACCCCCAUGCUAAUAUUGCAACCCUUUUCUGAUGUGAUGAGGGGAUGCUUCAUUGUGAUGCCAGUGGUGCUGGUGGACUGGCACCAUUUUCCUGUGACCAUUACCAUGUCUAGUAGCUAUUAUACACAUACACACACCUGACCAAAACAAGUAUUCACUGUGCACUUUGCCAAAUCCUCCUUACUUAAUAGAAAGGGUGUCUGUACUAACUGUUAAUGGGUGAAAGUUGGAGGGUUUCUGAGCCAUAGAAAGUUUACUACAACUAAGGCUUUCCUUUCUUUUGUUUGUUCUUUUCAUGUACUGUUUAUUUAAAUCCUAUGGCUUUUGAGUGGUGAAUGUUACUGACAUUACUUGACUAGUUGAGCACUUUAACAGUGAAAACCCUUAGUGUUGCCUUGUAUUGUAGGAGGAAGUGGUGGUGGGUUGGGCUGUGUGUUUGCACUGGAAAAAGGCUAAUAUGCUUGAAGUUGCCUAUGUGCCUAAAUAAAUCAUGUUGAGCAGUUCA